AUGGACGCUGAAAAGCGCGCGCAGUGCACUUGGGAGCGCCGCAAAGACGUUUGGUCUCAGGCACUUGUUGCCGGUGACACUGGUCAAACGUGGCUUCUUCCUCAAACGGUGGACGGCCGUUUUAGCCUGGCCUGCUGGUGCUGCAGGGCGGCUGGCGUCGACAGUACUUGGUCCGAGGGUGUAGUGACCAAUAACUUCGGCAACCUGAAGAGGCACCAUGAAUCGCAAGGCCAUAUCAAUGCCAUGAUCCAAUUGGGCCUGCUGGAGCCUAACGAGGAUACCAUCCUGAAAGGUGCACCUUCCGAAGAGGCUUUCAUGAAGGUCUUGGCUAACCGUCUGGAAUGCAGAUCGCUGCAGAAGGGCAUCCCUGGCGUCGGUCAACGGUUGAAGGUGACCGACAUGCAAGUCUGCAUGUCGGCCUCGUUGUGCAUGCUGGAUAAGGCCUUUCUCCAGGACGCUGUUUCUAUUAGCGUAUUCCAAGAUGUCAGGAAGCAUGUCCUUCUGGUGCGCUUCCAGGCAUGCUCUCAGGAUCUGACGGUGCGCUGCGGGGUGCUAGCGCACGCGGAUCUGAAAAAAGACGGAGCAACCACUGCUGGCACCAUGGAAACGCUUUGGACUGCGCUAGAGUGCUUCUACAGCGACCUGGAUGGCAACGUCGAGCACGACUUGCUGCAGGAGUUCUGCGCUAAGGUGCAAUUCUUCUGCUCCGACGCUGCGGCGGACGAGCUGCUAUGCGGGAGAAUGCUGAAACACAGCGGCAUUUUCCCGCAGAUGCGAUACCAGGUGUGGGAUAAGGCACACGCUUGUGGGAGACUGUUGAAACGACCGUGGCAGGCGGAUGAGCGAUUGGCCAGCAUCGUAGACCGCUUUGCGCUGGGCGGCGACAGUAUAGCGCAGAAGGUGCAGAGCUCGCCCCACGUGGCACGCAUCUUCCAGGACGCGUGCCGCCGCUCCGAAACGAAUGGGAUCCGUGCGGGCCGCGUGAAGUCGCUCAGCUUUGCGAAGCACAGAUUCUGUUCCAUAUCGAAACCGCUGGGUCGCAGUUUGCUGUACAUCGAGGCCGUCAUAGAGACGUGUGUCUGGCUGACACUGCACCGGGCCGGUGAGCCAGCGGGACUGGCUGCAGCGUCUUGGCUCCGCGAGGUAAGCGAAGAAGAGCUGCUGCUGGCAGCUUUGUGCGCCGAUGGGUCUGACGAAGUAGUGGCCUUCUUACGUCACUUUGAUCAGGAAAACUGGGAUGCCGCCGAUUGCCACUACUGGGUAACGAGUUUCCUCUCGAAGCUCCAUUACUUGUUCAACGAAGAAGCUGCAUGGGAGGUUCCGGGCUACACGCGUCACAUCCUGUCCGUCCUCGAGAACAACAGCUUUGGCGUCGUCAUCGACGGCGACUCCAAAUCCUUUGGCGGAUAUCCUGUGCCGGGCGACGUCAAGCGCCGCUGCAUGCGUCAUCUCCAGGCCUGGGUGGUCACGGUGGCCAGCAUACUGGCCACCGAAUUCCCGCAUCAUGAGCUUCUGAGCAGCUUCAUGAUCUUCGACCUGCGCGUCUCCACGCGGACUGAUCUGGAUGCCGACCAGGGCGCCACUCGUGACACGGCUUUGCGUCGCCUGGCAAGGGCUUGUGGUGUCUCUGCCCAAGGCCUUCAGGAUGAAGUGGAGGAUCAUUUUCCAGUUGCGAAGCACUUGGCGGUGACCCAGAGCCUGUCCAACUGGGAGUCGUGGCGGCGGGCCGUGCGCAAGACGCAGGCACGGGGAUCUACUGCGGAGAGACAUCCUGCGGGCAAUCUACUCCCCGUCCUUUGCCGGUAUGGGGCCAUGCAGUGCUCCACUAGCGGCAUUGAGCAGCUGUUCAGUCAGGUGCAGCUUCAUCUGGGCCGCGACCGCGGCCACAUGACAGAUGACCAUGCAUUUGCGGAGGUCAAGCUGAUCGCAGACGGCAAGAGCAUCCCGGACCAGAAGAGCUUUCUGCAGGGGGCUCGCGCCUGCUGGCUGGCGUGGUAUGGGCAUCAGCGUGCCAGCCCUGCAGAACAGCGCUUGGAUGCAGGGGUGAAACGCAAGCCCAAGCAGGACCUGCGUUUCUGUAAGACUUCCGGGGACAGCGAGGCGACCUUCCUCGCAGGCCGACGUGAGGCUUCGGGCGCGGGUGACAGGGUCUCGCUGGAGGAAGCUGUCGAGGCAGCCUUGGAGGGCGCAGGCGAUGUUUGGGACGAUUCCAUGAUCCAGGAGCUUGAGUUUCAGGAGUGCAAGCGUUACCGGAACCUAGCCAACGCAUUCUUGGUGGAUGCUGUCACUGAGGACGAUGUGCCAGCUGACUUGGUGGAAGUGGCCCAGUACUUUGCCAAUGCGGAUGAAAAAGGUGCCCAACAGCGGCAGAACAAGCGCCGCAAAUGCCUGGAGAUUCUGGAGCCGACCCCUCCUCGGCUGGGUUCUGCCAGCAUCUGGCUUGAGAGGGACGCCUGGGACGAGCUCAUGCCACUGACGCUACGCCGGAGCAGAGUGGAGCAGGUGCAGGAUGCUUCAUUGUUCGUGGUCACCCGGCCCGACAAACCACCGGCUGUUGUGCGUUGGACCGCCAUGUUGCACGGCGCAGACAUCACAGAUCUGACUUUCCUUAGGAGCAACGGCCAGCGUGGGGUGGCGUUCAACUACGAUGCCGCCGUCAGCAUCCAGCGCCACCUCUUGGUCAGUGAUGAGUUCUGGGAGGAUGAGCCGCAGCUCGCGGCUACGCUGGAACUUGCCAUCUUGUCGCCGAAGUCCCGAUGGCGCAAGCUGGGCUCUUGGGAAGCUUUCGCUGAGAGGUACGAGAAGGUGGCUGGUCCUGACAUCGCUGCUCACUUGCGCAAGCCUAAGCAGGUCUUGGCCAUCACGACAGCAGCAGUCCAAGCAGCCCUGGGGAUGGAGUCGGUUCUCACUGCUGAGGAGUUCGAGGCCUUUUGCGUGCGACUCACAUGCACAAAGCGAUCUCUUUGCGGGACGUGA